AUGGAGCCCACGCACAGUUUGAAGGGCAAGGUGUACGCAAUAACAGGUGGUGGAUCUGGAAUCGGCCUCGCUACUGCUGAGUUGCUGGCAAGCUAUGGAGCCAAGGUUUCGCUGGCGGACGUCAAUCUGAACGCCCUUAAAGAUGUGCAAGCGCGCAUCGAGAAGAAUGGAGGAAAAUGCCUGAUCACUGGUGUUGAUGUGGCUGACAGCGAGAAAGUCGACCAGUGGAUACAAGAAACGGUCCAGAUCUUCGGGACCCUCGACGGAGCUGCCAACCUAGCAGGCAUCAUACCAAAAAACAUCAACAUCGACUGUGUGGAAGACCUAGACAACGGAAGUUGGGGCAGGGUCCUUGAUGUCAACCUUACGGGGGUCAUGUAUUGCUUGAGAGCCGAGCUGCGGCAUAUGAAACAUGGCGGGUCCAUCGUCAACGCUUCAAGCGUCGCUGGGCUGCGAGGAUUUGCCAAAAAUGCAGCCUACGUGGCUUCCAAACAUGCCGUCAUUGGGUUGACAAAGACGGUGGCCCAGGAGGUAGGGAACAGAAGUAUACGAUGCAAUUGUCUAGCGCCUGGCUUGAUUGAUACGCCGAUGCAACGACAUUCAACGGAGAUCCGGGGAAUGGACAUGCCAUUGACUCAGCAGCCCAUUCAAAGAAAAGGUCGGGCUGAGGAGGUGGCGCAUUUGAUUGCAUGGCUGAUGUCUGACGCAUCAACAUUUAUCACUGGGACUGUGCAAGUCAUUGACGGUGGUUGGUUUGCUUAG